AUGAAUUUCUGCGAACUUCGUUUGCUAGAGCCUCCCUUUCCGAAGAAGGUGGCCAUCGUCGGCAGCGGUUCUGCUGGAAUUGGUGCUCUCUGGGCCCUGAACCGUACUCAUCAUGAUGUUUACAUGUACGAGGCGGCCGACCGCUUGGGUGGUCACACAAAUACGGUAGAAUGGAAGAAGGGCAAAUUUACUACCCUGGUAGACACAGGGUUCAUCGUCCUCAACACGGCAACAUACCCCAAUUUCAUCAACUUCCUCAAGUAUAUCAAAGUUAAUACGGUGCCCACUGAGAUGACUUUUGGUGUUUCACGAGAUCGCGGAACGUUCGAAUGGGCGGGAACCGGUCUAGAUGCCAUAUUCUGCCAGAGGAGGAAUCUGUUCUCAUUGAGAAUGUGGAGGCUGAUCUUCGAUAUUGUUCGCUUUAACCAGUUUGCUCUAGACUUGCUAAAGGACGACAGCGAUGGAUCGUAUUCAAACUCGAAGGGCCCCAAGGAUUUGUAUAAGCCGAUGGAAACUAUUGGCGAGUACUUGGACAAGGAGGGAUACUCAGACACAUUCCGCAACGAUUAUUUGAUACCCAUGACAGCUGCUGUAUGGAGUACGAGUCCCGAUAAAUGCGCCUUAGAAUUUCCGGCUGUGACACUUGUUCGAUUUAUGUGGAAUCAUCACCUCUUAAGUACAGUCGCUACACGACCUGACUGGCUCACUCUAGAGGGAGGCGCAAAAUCGUACAUCGAUGCGGUGAUGAGUGGAUUUCCUCCAAAUCACCUAUUCCUAAAGACAGCAGUUAAGCAUAUCACCAACGACGCAAAAGGAUCCGUGAGACUGCAUUUUGAAAAUGGAAAAUCAGAGGUUUUCGACCAGGUCAUCUUGGCUACUCAUGGAGACCAAGCUUACCAGAUCAUCAAGCCAUCAGCUACGCCGGAGGAGAGGGCCAUCAUGUCUUCAUUCAAGACUUCAGAGAACACAUGUGUUCUCCAUUCAGACCUUUCACACAUGCCCAAGCGUGAAAAUUCCUGGUCAGCAUGGAAUUAUCUUACAGUAUCGUCGCCAUGGACAGGCAAAGACGUUGAUCAGGUGUCCUUGACUUAUAAUAUGAAUAUCCUGCAGCAUAUCCCAAGACAAGGCUUUGGCGAUGUCCUUGUAACCCUGAACCCCAUUCACGAACCAAAGCCGGAGACUGUUCAAGGUCGAUACUCAUACUCGCAUCCUCUAUACACCCCCGCUGCAAUCCAGGCGCAACAAGCUUUACCGAGGAUACAGAAUACAAGAGGAAUCAGCUAUGCGGGAGCAUGGACGAAAUAUGGGUUUCACGAGGAUGGGUUCAGUAGCGGCUUGCACGUAGCUCAGGCUCAUCUUGGAGCGAAGCUACCAUUCGAAUUCGUGGACUCGACAUACAGCCGUGGAAAGCAACCUCACAUGGGCGUUGUGGAUUUGAUGAACGGUCUUUUCCCGGCACCAUGGCGUGCAUUACGAGCAAGCACAUCAUCAUGGGCGUGCGAAUCCUGCCGUCGGGCCCUCGCUCGAGGGAAACCAUUGCGAUUACCGUCAGCACCGCGGAGGACUGUAACGAAUAGCACCACGAAAAAGCAGCAUGCCUCCGCUACCGCCGUAUCUCCUUCGAUGGAGCGAGUGCACGAGUACUAUAAAUACAGGAAUAGGACUACGAUGUACUACACGCUCAGCAUCAUCCUCGGUACCGUCGCCUUCUCGUACGGAUCCGUACCUAUGUACAAGAUGAUCUGCCAAACAACCGGUUGGGGCGGCCAACCGAUCCGCGCGCCCGGCCACGGCGCCUCCUCCAGCGACGCCGACUUCGACCCAGCAUCCCGUCUUGUCCCGGUUACCGACGCGCGGCGCAUCCGCGUAACCUUCAACGCCUCCGUCUCGGACGUACUCCCCUGGAAAUUCGUGCCCCAACAACGAGAAGUGCGUGUGCUCCCCGGUGAGACAGCUCUCGCCUUCUACACCGCAACCAACCGAAGCGAUUCCGACAUUAUCGGGGUUGCUACUUACAGCGUAACACCGGCGCAGGUAGCGCCGUACUUCAGCAAGAUACAGUGUUUUUGCUUUGAGGAGCAGAGGUUGAAUGCGGGCGAGACGGUGGAUAUGCCGGUUUUCUUUUACUUGGAUCCGGAUUUGUUGGAUGAUCUUAAUAUGAGGGGUAUUAAUGAAGUUACGCUGAGUUAUACUUUCUUCAAGGCGAAAUAUGAUAAUAAUGGGAACUUCAAAAACUUCCCUACGGUGACGACGUAA